GUAGGGGCGUGGCUGAGUGCCGGGGGCGCGGCCUGGAGCUGAGAGAAGCGGCGAGGCGAGCCGGGGGCUCUAGUGAACCGCGCAGCCGGGCGGGGAUCGCCGGCGGGCGGCGAGCGGAGGCGGCACGGGCCCGGCGGUCUCCGAGAUGUCACGAUGGCUGUGGCCAUGGUCGAAAUGUGUGAAAGAGCGGGUCUGCCGCUACUUGCUGCACCACUACUUGGGUCACUUCUUCCAGGAGCACCUCAGCCUGGACCAGCUCAGCCUCGAUCUGUACAAGGGCAGCGUUGCCCUGCGGGAUAUCCACCUGGAGAUCUGGUCUGUGAACGAGGUGCUGGAGUCCAUGGAUUCGCCACUGGAGCUAGUGGAAGGCUUUGUGGGUUCCAUCGAGGUGGCCGUGCCCUGGGCCGCGCUGCUCACCGACCAUUGCACCGUGCGUGUGUCAGGCCUCCAGCUCACCCUGCAGCCCCGCCAGGGCCCAGGGCCGGGGACUGCCGACUCACAGACCUGGACCUCAUGCAUGACCACGAGCCUGCAGCUGGCUCAGGAGUGCCUGCGGGAUGGGUUGCCUGAGCCCUCUGAGCCACCGCAGCCCCUGGAGGGCCUGGAGAUGUUUGCCCAGACCAUCGAGACUGUGCUACGAAGGAUCAAGGUGACCUUCCUGGACACUGUUGUGAGGGUGGAGCACUCUCCGGGUGAUGGGGAGCACGACGUGGCAGUGGAAAUCCAUGUGCAGAGACUAGAAUACUGUGACGAGGCAGUGCGGGACCCAAGCCAGGCGCCCCCUGUGGAUGUGCACCAGCCUCCUGCCUUCCUGCACAAGCUGCUGCAGCUGGCGGGCGUCCGCCUGCGCUUCGAAGAGCUCCCUCCACAGGAAGACCCCCCAGAGCCCCCCUUGCAGAUCGGCAGUUGCUCGGGGUAUAUGGAGCUGACAGUGAAGCUGAAGCAGAACGAGGCCUUCCCGGGCCCCAAGCUGGAAGUGGCUGGACAGCUGGGCUCCCUGCACCUACUCCUGACCCCACGGCAGCUCCAGCAGCUUCAGGAACUGCUCAGUGCCAUGAGCCUUUCAGACUCCAAGGGCUUGAUCGACAAGCUGAACAAGAGCCGCCCACUAGGUGCUGAAGACCUGUGGCUGAUUGAGCAGGACCUGAACCAGCAGCUGCAGGCAGGGGCUGUGGCCGAACCUACCAGCCCAGACUCCCUUACCAACCCCCUUGUCAACCUGGACAGCACUGACCUCUUCUUCUCCAUGGCGGGCCUCACGAGCAGUGUGGCCUCAGGCGUCUCUGAGCUCUCUCUGUCGGAUGUAGACCUGGGCUCGUCUGUGCACAGUGACAGGAACCCCCGCCGGCUCUCUGUCCAGGGCCACCCCGCUGGAAAGACGGCCCCCACGCCCCUCCCGGACACCUUACGUCCUGACUCACUGCUGAAGAUGACCUUGGGGGGCAUGACCCUGACCUUGCUUCAGACAUCUGCCCCAUCUUCCGGACCGCCUGACCUCACCACCCACUUUUUUGCUGAGUUUGAUGCUGCCAAGGAUGGGCCCUUCGGCUCUCGUGACUUCCACCAUCUCCGACCGCGCUUCCAGAGGGCCUGUCCCUGUAGCCAUGUCCGGCUCACGGGUGCGGCCGUGCAGCUGUCCUGGGAGCUGCGGACAGGCAGGGGCCGAUGGACUACCAGCUCGGAAGUACGCUUCGGGCUGCUCGAGGUGCUGGAGUGUCUGUGGCCCAGGGGCGCGUCAGAGCCUGAGUACACAGAGAUCCUGAGCUUCCCCAGCAGCCUGGGCUCCCAGGCCUCAGCUCGUCCCUGUGCCCACCUGCGCCUCACACAGACCCUGCGCCGCGUACCCAAGAGCCGGUCCCGGCGCCCAGCUACCUGCCAUUGCCACUCAGAACUGGCCCUGGACCUGGCUGACUUCCAGGCAGACGUGGAGCUGGGGGCCCUGGACCGGCUCACUGCCCUGCUGCGCCUGGCCACCGUACCCCCUCCCGAGCCACCCUCCGGCUUGCUGAUGGAGCCCCCACCAGCUGCCGAGCAGCAGACAGUGGUGCAGCUGUCGGCACCCCAGGCCACACUGCGGCUGCUCUUCCCCAUUGCUGACCUGAGGCCUGAGCGAGACCCCUGGGCCGGCAGGGCUGUGCGGGCCGAGCAGCUGCGGCUGGAGCUGAGCGAGCCCCAGUUCAAGUCAGAAUUGAGCAGCGGGCCUGGUCCCCCAGCCCCUACCCGCCUGGAACUUACCUGCUCCGACCUACAUGGCACCUACGAAGAUGGAGAAAAGCCACCCGUCCCCUGCCUGCGGGUCUCCAAAGCCCUGGAUCCCAGGAGCCCUGGGCGCAGACACUUCCUGCCCCAGGUAGUGGUGACUCUGAACCCCCAGAGCAGCAGCACACAGUGGGAGGUGGCACCAGAGAAGGGAGAGGAUCUGGAGCUGUCGGUCGAGAGUCCGUGCGAACUGCGGGAGCCGGAGCCCUCACCCUUCUCCUCUAAGAGGACCAUGUACGAGACGGAGGAGAUGGUGAUUCCUGGAGACCCUGAAGAGAUGAGGACCUUCCAGAGCCGGGCCCUGGCACUGUCACGCUGCAGCCUGGAGGUGGUCCUGCCCAGUGCCCACAUCUUCCUGCCCAGCAAGGAGGUCUACGAGAGCCUCUACAACAGGAUCAACAACGGCCUGCUCUUGUGGGAGCCCGCGGACCUGCUUCCCGCCGCCCCCACUGCUGCUCAGCCUUCUGGCUUCCCAGGCCCCUCAGGCUUCUGGCAUGACAACUUCAAGAUGUGCAAGUCAGCUUUUAAGCUGGACUCAGAUUCGGACGAUGAGGAUGCCCGCUUCUUCUCAGUGGGGGCGUCCAGUGCCCCCCAGGCCCCCGCCCCCGAGUCCCCGAGCCCUCACUCCCAGAGUACCUUCUCUACACUGGUGACGGUGCUGAAGGGUCGGAUCACGGCCCUCUGUGAGACUAAGGAUGAGGGUGGGAAGCAGCUGGAAGCCAUGCACGGGGAGUUGGUGUUGGACGUGGAGCAAGGCACCAUCUUCAGUGUCUCCCAGUACCGAGGCCAGCCGGGACUCGGCUACUUUUGCCUGGAGGCUGAAAAGGCAACACUCUACCACCGAGCGGCCAUGGAUGACUACCUGCUGCCCAGUCACCUGGAGCUGCCCAGCUUUGCUCCUCCAGCCCAGCUGGUCCCAACCAUCUACCCAUCAGAGGAAGGAAUGACAGAGCGGGGAGCCUCGGGACGCAAGGGCCAAGGCCAGAGCUCACACAUGCUGUCCACCGCUGUGCGCAUCCACCUGGACCCCCAUAAGAAUGUCAAGGAGUUCCUAGUGACACUACGGCUGCAUAGAGCCACCCUGCGCCACUACAUAACUCUACCAGAACAGAGCUGGCACUCCCAGCUGCUGGAGUUCUUAGACGUGCUGGAUGACCCCGUGCUGGGCUACCUGCCCCCGACGGUCAUUACUAUCCUACACACACACCUGCUUUCCUGCGCUGUGGACUACAGGCCCCUGUACCUCCCUGUGCGUGUCCUCGUCACUGCCGAGACCUUCACCCUCUCCAGUAACAUCAUCAUGGACACCUCCACCUUCCUGCUUAGGUUCAUCCUCGACGACUCGGCCUUGUACCUGUCCGACAAGUGUGAAGCGGAGACCCUAGAUCUGCGGCGAGAUUAUGUCUGUGUCUUGGAUGUUGACCUCCUGGAGCUCGUGAUCAAAACCUGGAAAGGGAGCACCGAGGGCAAACUGAGCCAGCCGCUAUUCGAGCUGCGCUGCUCCAACAACGUGGUGCACAUGCACACGUGCGCCGACUCCUGCGCCCUACUGCUCAACCUGCUGCAGUACAUAACGAGCGCAGGCGACUUGCACCCCCCGCCCCGGCCCCCCAGCCCCACGGAGAUCGCCGGCCAGAAGGUACAGCUCUCCGAGAGCCCUGCCUCCAUGCCCUCAUGCCCCCCAGUGGAGACCGCCCUCAUCAACCAGCGGGACCUGACCGACGCCCUCCUGGACACAGAGCGCAGCCUGCGGGAGCUGGCCCAGCCUUCAGGUGGCCCCCUCCCUCAGGCCUCGCCCGUGUCUGUCUACCUAUUCCCAGGAGAACGGAGUGGGACCCAGCCUCCCUCGCCCCCUGUUGGGGCCCCUGAUGGCAGCUUGGGGUCCUGCUCAGAGGCCAAGGAAGAUGAAAAGGAAGAGGAGGGGGAUGGAGACACUCUGGAUAGUGACGAAUUCUGCAUCCUUGACGCUCCUGGCCUCGGCAUCCCACCCCGCGAUGGGGAGCCCGUGGUCACGCAGCUGCAUCCAGGUCCCAUCAUUGUGCAGGAUGGACACUUCUCACGGCCACUGGGCAGCACGGACCUGCUGCGGGCACCCGCCCACUUCCCAGUGCCCAGCACUCGUGUGGUGCUGCGUGAGGUCUCCCUUGUCUGGCACCUCUAUGGGGGCCGAGACUUUGGCCCCCACCCAGGCCACCGGGCAAGAGUUGGCCUCACGGGCCCCAGGGGGUCCCCUUCCCGCUGCUCUGGCCCCAACCGGCCCCAGAAUUCCUGGCGUACACAGGGAGGCAGCGGGAGGCAGCACCACGUCCUUAUGGAGAUCCAGCUCAGCAAGGUGAGCUUCCAGCAUGAGGUGUACCCAGUGGAGCCAGCCCCAGGCCCCGUGGCCCCAGGAGAGGAGCUGGAGGAGCAGCCGCUGUCCCGCCAGGUGUUCAUCGUGCAGGAGCUUGAGAUCCGCGACCGGCUCGCCUCGUCCCGGAUCAACAAGUUCCUGUACCUGCACACCAGCGAGCGCAUGCCGCGGCGCGCGCACUCCAACAUGCUUACCAUCAAAGCUCUGCACGUGGCCCCCACGACCAACCUGGGCGGGCCCGAGUGCUGUCUCCGAGUCUCACUGAUGCCCCUACGGCUCAACGUGGACCAGGAUGCCCUGCUCUUCCUCAAGGACUUCUUUACCAGCCUGGCAGCCGGAAUCAACCCCAUGGUCCCAGCAGAGACCUCCACAGAGGCUCACCCUGAGGCCCAAGUCCAGCCCAGCAGCCCCCAGGAAGGGCAGCCCGAGGCUGUAGAGACAAGUGGCAUCCAGGAGGCUGCAGGCGGUGGACAAGGCCCGUCUGAGCAGCAGCCCAUCUACUUCAGGGAGUUCCGCUUCACAUCUGAGGUGCCCAUCUGGCUAGAUUACCACGGCAAGCACGUCACCAUGGACCAAGUGGGCACGUUCGCCGGCCUCCUCAUCGGCCUGGCCCAGCUCAACUGCUCCGAGCUGAAGCUGAAGCGGCUCUGCUGCCGGCACGGGCUCCUGGGUGUGGACAAGGUGCUAGGCUAUGCUCUCAAUGAGUGGCUGCAGGACAUCCGCAAGAACCAGCUGCCUGGCCUGUUGGGGGGCGUGGGUCCCAUGCACUCAGUUGUCCAGCUCUUCCAAGGGUUCCGGGACCUGCUGUGGCUGCCCAUCGAGCAGUACAGGAAGGAUGGGCGCCUCAUGCGGGGGCUGCAGCGGGGAGCCGCAUCCUUUGGCUCAUCCACGGCCUCUGCUGCCCUGGAACUCAGCAACCGGCUGGUGCAGGCCAUCCAGGCCACAGCUGAGACGGUGUAUGACAUCCUGUCCCCGGCGGCCCCCAUCUCCCGCUCCCUGCAGGACAAGCGCUCUGUGCGAAGGUUGCGCAAAGGCCAGCAGCCUGCUGACCUGCGGGAGGGUGUGGCCAAGGCCUACGACACAGUUCGAGAGGGCAUUCUGGACACGGCCCAGACCAUCUGCGAUGUGGCGUCUCGGGGCCAUGAGCAGAAGGGGCUGACGGGUGCUGUGGGGGGCGUGAUCCGCCAGCUGCCCCCAACGGUGGUGAAGCCCCUCAUCCUGGCCACAGAGGCCACGUCCAACCUGCUCGGGGGCAUGCGCAACCAGAUCCUCCCCGACGCUCACAAGGACCACACGCUCAAGUGGCGUUCGGAUGAGGCCCAGGACUGAGCACCAGGUGCCUAGGACUCCAGGGCGCCGCCUGCCCACCACGCCCAGCAGCCCAGGGCCACCUCGGCUCCCUUACCCCCCAGAGCUGUGGCCCCCAGCUGGGCGGACCAGGCCCUCAGGGGAAGGACAGAGAAUGACUCUGCUCGGCCGCCUGCUGCCAAUCGCUGUGGGAGUGGGGCCGCCCUGCCUGGGGCCUUGGCCCUGUCUCUGCACUUUUUCUCUGGGGAGAAAGGACACUGUCCCCACCACCUGGGCCCACACUGCUGCCUUGCCCCAGGAUGGAGGCUUUUGGAACCUCAGAGCCCCGACCCCACUCAGCCAAGUGUCUUUCUGUGUCUCUGGAGGAGGUGGGGGACAGAUGCCGUGUGGUUCAGUGUAUUAUUUUUAAGCUCCCGAAUGUGUGGGUCAGUGUCUGCAUGAAGUGGAAUAAACUGCCCACCGCCAGCCCCCUC